CGACAUCGCAUCGCCGCUCAUCAGUCGAAUCACGCCGCCCCCAUUUCCAACGCGCCCUACCGUUCUGUCUGUCUGUCUGCCACCCUUCACACUACGAAGUACAUCCAGCAGUCCAAACCUGCCCCGGAACGCCGCCGCCGCCGCCGCCGCCGCCGCCACUACCACCACUUUGACCCAACCCGCCCCGUCGCCGCCCUCCGUCCUUGUCGCCCUCCGAGAGCAGCGCCGGUCGGCUGACGCAUAACGUAACCACCUAGCACGAGGUACCGCCCAGAGAGCGCACGCGGCGUCGGCUCUCGUUAGGCUCGGCGAGCCAUGCAUGUACCAACGGCGCGGUCGGCGGCGUCGUGACUGAUGACAACACUCUACCCCUCUCACCGUGUUUCCUAGACCAGCGCCGGUGUAAUUAUAUAUAUACCUGAUAAGCAACCUACGCCAGCCAUUUCCGUACCUAGCAUGCUCUCAUUCUAGCCCGCCGUGGUGUCAUCGUCGCCUGACUUUCGAGACGCGUAUCGACUAAGAGCCAAGUAUAAAACAAGCGAGAGCGAUUCGCAUCUCCGUCGUCGUCGCCGCCGCCGCCGCCGCCGUCAUGGGCCGCUACGAACUCGAGUAUCCCAAGGACGCGACCAACCUCGUCAAGCGUCAUGGCGAGCGAGGUCAGAACCGCCCGCUCUCAACCUCACCAUCCUCCCCCUCCCUAGCCCCGCCCCCGCGCCUCGCGCGCAGCGCUCUUCCUCACUAACACGCACGCCCGGCGGCACGCAUAAAACUAGGCAUCUACGCGCUGGAGAAGAUCCACGGCCUCAUCAACAGCACGCUGCUGCUGCACGUGUCCUUCAACCCGCCCGGGGACUCGCCCUUCCCCGUCACCCUGCCUAUGAUCGGGCAGAUGGGCUCCUUCGACCGCCCCAGCGCCUCGCUCGGCGACCCGCUGGACCUGUACGUCCACGGCUACGUCUCGGCGCGCAUGUUCAACGUCGGGCGCGACGCCGGCGCCGAGGGCGUCCCCGUCUGCGUGUCCGCCUCCCACGUCGACGGGCUCGUCCUCGCCGUCUCCGCCUUUAGCCACUCCUACAACUACCGCUCCGCCGUGCUCUUCGGGCACGCCGCCCUCGUCACCGACGACGCCGAGAAGCUCUACGCCAUGGAGCUCAUCACCGAUAGCGUCGUGCCCCAGCGCUGGCACAACACACGCCUGCCCCCCACGGGCGCCGAGAUGCAGAGCACGAGCAUCCUCCGCGUCAGGAUCGCCUCGGGCAGCGCAAAGUUCCGCGACGGGGGCGUCAAUGACGAUAAGCACGACCUCGAAGACGAAGAUGCCCUCAACAAGGUGUGGACGGGUGUAGUGCCCAUCUACUCCACCAUGGGCGAGCCUGUCCCCAGUGGGCACAACCGCAUCGCCCUGCCCAAGUAUGCGUCCGAAUUCUUCGACGAGUUCAGCAGGGACAGCAAGGAGGUGGCGCUCAAAGCGGCGAACAAGAAGUCUGAAUAGAAUAAGAGGGGGAGGGGAGGGGGGGGGAUCAA